GAUAAUACUAUCAAUUAGGUGUUGUCGUCGACAGCAACACGCUUUGCAUGCCGAUAACCCUUGUAACGGUCGCAGUUGUUUUUGUUUUACGAAUAUUUUUUUAGUUUUCAUGUCCCCGAUUUAUCAUAGCUAUAGUUGACGCAACCGGCGAUUUUUUUACUAAAUAUUAUUGCCGUCGAAUAUAUCGCUCUGUAUCAACAGUCAAGUGUCAACAUCAACCGAGUGCAGCAGAAACCAACAAUGCCUCCGAUAACUCGAAAUCAGUUGAAAAAAUGCAGUCAUAAGACAGAGCCUUAUUCCAAAGAGAAUCGUCCAUCAGAUAAAAGAAAUGCUUUAUCAGAUCUUGUUAUAGAUAAUGUUGUGAAAGAAACUGUGGUCUCUAUAGAUAAAGAAGAAGUUAUAAAAUCAUCUAAUGAAAAUGUUUUCAUAAAAGAUAAAAUAUUACCAACAGAGAAUAUAAGUGAGAUUCCUAAACUAAAAAAUGAAUUUCCUAAACCCAUUAUUGCUAGUUUAACGGAGAAAAAAUUAAUUACAAAUGAACCUGCACGAUUAUCUUUAACCGAUUCCAGUGUUAGUACUAAUACAUCAUACCAAACAGCAAAUAAUGAAUCAGUCAAUUCCAAAUAUUCUGCUUCUUCUGAAGAGUUAUAUACAACAGUUAGUUCUCGAAGUUCAAUACCUUUUGAAAUUAACCAGUCGGAAUUGUAUCAAUCAGCUGUGCAAGAAGUUACUUGUAAUGAAGACGAAAUAUUUGAGACCGAUCAAGCUCAUUGGAAUAAUUUCAUGUACGUAGGUUGUUAUGCAAGAGAAAUUUUUAAAUAUCUCAGACAAAGAGAAGAUCAGUUUAAUGUUACUGAUUACAUUAAUAAUCAAAAUGAAUUGACCCCCAGACAUCGAGCAAUUGUGGUGAAUUGGUUAGUUCAUUUGCAAGAAAUGUAUGGAUUAAAUCAUGAAGUGUUGUAUAUGGCAGUCAAGAUUAUUGAUUUAUAUUUAUCAAAAAAUGAAAUUUCUAAAGAUAAAUUUCAACUUUUGGCCUCAGGGGCCAUAUUAAUAGCCAGUAAAAUCGAUGAGAGAGAGCCUGGAUUUCCAUAUGAUCUAGUUAAACAAUGCAAGUUUAUUUAUACAGAAGAUGAACUGUUUGUUACUGAAAGAGAAUUAGCCAAAGCUUUAAAUUAUGACAUAAAUGUUCCUUUGUCAUAUGUAUUCUUAAGAAGAUUUGCACGUUGUAUGAUGUGUCAAAUGUUUCUGUUAACAUUAGCAAGAUAUAUAUUAGAAUGUAGUCUAUUGGAUUAUACAUUUGUAACUUUAAAAGAUUCAUUAAAAGCUGCAGCAGCUUUGUAUUUGGCAUUCAAAAUGUGUUUUAAAACAAUCAAUGCUAAAGAUUUAAAAAAAUUUACAGGCUAUGAUGUAAAAGAAAUUGAAAGUACGGUUAUUGCAUUGAACAACAUGUUACAUACUCAGUGUCCAGACUUGUCUGCUGUCAAACAAAAAUAUUUGCACGAGACUUUUUACCAAGUUGCUAGUAAGUCUUUACUAAGCAACUCUAAAUUAACUUUUGACUGAGUCACAAACAGAUAUCUUCAACAUGAUACUAAGGGAAACCCGUUUUGGUUUUGGUAUUAUGUAAUGUAUUAAAAUAAUCUUAGUCCUAUUUUUUGUUUUUACCUUUCUUUUGUGUAAGAUUUUUUCAAAUAGUAAAUUUCUCAAUAUUACACUUAUGUGAAACAUGCAUUUUGAAAUAUUCAUUUAUAAUAUUAUUGUAGUUAACAACUUAAGUACUGGCAUGGGCAUAGAACCCAUUGCUAAUAUUAUUGUUGAUGUUUAUAGUUUACCAUUUCUCAAAUGUUAAAAUGUAAUUGGGCAUGUUCAUCAUUAUUAUAUAUUUACAUUUUUUUAUUGGGUAUUACUAUUUAUAAUCAAAUUAUGCAGUUGAACUGUUUAACCAUACAUAUUCUAAUUUUAUCAUAUUGAUAAUCUUUUUUUAUCUUUAGUUGUAAGAAAUUACGAGAAUGCUUAAUGUUUCUAUUUUUUAUUGUCCUUGUGUUAUAAAUUAGUCAAUUCAAUUGUACAAAACAUUAUUUAUUAGUAU